CCAAACUCACAGCUUGACCAUUUCGAAUUCAGUCACUCCCACGUACACACAAUACACCGCAAUCAUGUCUGAACAGUUAAUGGAAACAAGCCCGGGUGGAGAUACAGCGGGCUCAACUUCGCAGUACACAAGCAUUCACACCGUUACGGUCCCUCACAAGAAGUCUGGAGGACAAAUGGGCAACCCCGAGACGUCUGUUGACUCCGUACCCGAGGUUGAGGCAGCCAAGAAGGCAGAGGAAGGCGAAAAGACAGCAGAGAAGAUUCGCUACGGUCAAUCAUUGAGCGAGAACGGCAUGGGAGGCCAGACUAUCGGUACUGGAGAGGCAAACAGCAACAGCGCAGGAUCAAAAGCACAGGAUGAGACGGAUGAUGCCGUAAGCGAGAGACAAAAGUCUGGAUACGGUGGUGACAAGGACAUGGACACAAGCAUUGGCGGAUAGUGGACGACACGGCAGAUACCCAUUGUCAUGAUAUCACGAUAUGAGAAAGAAUCUUUACCUA